UCACACCAAAACACAGCAUCAAAUUCUUAUCUAUUUACAUAAAAUGUCGCAUUCUGGAUCCAAACUCGAAAUCGAGGACGAGGAGAUCAGGCAACAAAGGAUAUGUAGCCUCCUUGAGCAAUUGAACAGCUCUUCAAGCUCACCACCCAAGAAUACAUCCAAUGCUGCUCCACCAACCUUUGACUUUGGUGAGAGAAAAACCUACGCAGUAGAUCCACCCAGCGAACUGCUCGCACGGAUACAAGACUUCCUUCCCCGCCUCAAGGAAGAGAACGACUCGCUUUCCCAACGCAUCCGGGACAACCCAUCGAGCGUGGAUAUCGAAAAUAUCGAAGAGGAUGCAGAGCAGUACAUCGAAAUGAACCUCGGACUGGGCGUGUUGGAGACUCGGCUCAGAGAUUCAGACUCUCAUUCAGACGACGAGGAUUCCGAGAGCGAAGAUUCGUCAUCAUCGUCGUCAUCGUCUUCCCCUUCGUCAGUCUCGUCCUCCGAAUCAGACUCAGAAUCGGAUGGGUCGCACUCAGACAGCAGCUCAGACUCAGACUUUUCAUCGAUUGGCAUGAAAGCUAUCUCUUCCCGCCCACUCAAGCCCCUGCCUCGGCGUACCGCACAGUUUGAUAUCGACAUGCUUCCCGAUCCACCUUCUGCCGGCUAGACACGGCGAUGAUCACUUUCGAUCCGGCUCUAUUCGCAUCAAUGAUCCACGAAUCCGACUUUGCCCACUCAUGAAAGCCUAUCUACAUAGCCUAUCUUUCAUGUCGGGAACUCAAAUUAAAGCUUCGUCAAAUACCUUGUAAAAAUAUACCAAUUACAAGAAGAUCGAGAAGAGCU